AUAUUUCAUCCAUCUCCCUCGUAAAUUUUGGACAUAGGCUGAUUGACAACAAAAGGCACUAUUUUGAGGAUCAUUGUUGUUUUAAAUGUUUCCUUGUAAAUAAGUGUUGUGAAACGAGCGCCUGUAUUCGUGAUUUACACCGUGGAUGAAAAAAUAUGAAGCGGCGAAAUGCCGAAACUGGGAAGUUGCGGCGCCCCUUGAAGCGCACAAAAAUCACCGAAGGAAUGUACGGAAAUUCAAUGCUGUACCUGAAGUUUGUGAUGAUUUGGGCGACAGUUGUCAUGGCCGACUACAUGCUGGAGUUCAGAUUUGAGUUCCUCUGGCCUUUCUGGAUGAUGCUGAGAUCAGUCUACGAUUCAUUCAAAUAUCAAGGACUUGCAUUCUCAGUUUUCUUCAUCUGCAUAGCCCUGACAUCAGAUAUGAUAUGUUUCUUCUUCAUACCUAUACAGUACAUAUUCUUUGCUGCCAGUACCUAUGUGUGGGUACAAUAUGUCUGGUAUACAUUCGCAGACAAAGGCAUCUGCGUGCCAACAGUAGCGAUCUGCUGCCUGCUAGUGUACGUAGAGACGUGGUGGCGGGGCUCCCGCGGCGGCUCGCUGUGCCGGCCGCUGGCGGCGCACUGCGUGGGCUACCCGGCGGUGACGCUGGGGCUGGGCGCCAAGGCGCUGCUCGCGCACCGCCUGCGCGUGCGCCGCCAGCGCCACGUGCGCGCCAUGAACGAGUUCUACUUCCAGCUCAUGCGGGAUGCGCUGCCCGAGUCCGCGCUAGACCAGACGCAGACUCACCAGCAAGCACAAACGCAAUCAGUGUCCAAAGAGGCCACACCCGGCGCCGACUGCGCCUCACACACACAGGCGCAGGAGCCGCGCUACAUGAACGGCUCCCUGCGCCGCUGUCGCUUCAAGACGGACGGCCACAACGGACACUGUCCGCAGGACCAUUCGCAGAUACAGAAUAAGUUAGAAAAAUUAGAAAAGCAUUUAGCGCAGCAGAAUUCGAGCCGCGACAAGUCGUCGACGCAGGCGUCGAACGCAACGUCACACGGGUCGAGUGGCUCGGGGGGCUCGGCGGGCUCGGGGAGCUCGGCGGGCUCGCACGCGCUCAGCAACGGCAGCGCCUGCCAUGCACACACUGACGACGACGAUCGACACGACCAUAGUAAAGGUGGUACAAAGUCUUCGAAGUCAGACAAGAAAGAGGCUAGUACGAUAAAAGAAGAAAAGAGAAAGAAUAAAAACAGAGAUAAGGAUAAGGACAGCAGUGAUAGUCAUAAGAGUACAGAACAUACAAAAGAACAAAUAGUUAAAGAUAAAGAAGUAGAGAGUACAAAAGAUUGUGUAAAAAUUAAGGAAAGCAGUAAAGAGGUUAAGGAGAAAGAGAAGGAACGAGAAAGGGAGAGGGAACGAGAAAGAGAAACGAGAGAACGCGAUAAAGAACGCGAGAGAGAGCGGGAACGUGAACAGCGUGAAGCUCGCGAGUGCUUAGAAGAACUAAAGAAGGUGCGAACAGAGCUCGCGGCGGCACGUGCAUCUGAGGCGGAGGCUCGCCGCGCACUGGCGGCCGCCGCCGCCGCCGAGCGACAGCGCCGCGCCGACCACGCGCAGCUCAAGCAGGCGCAUGCAGCGCUGCAGCACAAGGUGACAGCGUGGCGUACGGGCGAGCGAGCGGCGCUAGAGCGACGGUUAGGCGAGGAGCGACGAGCGCGGACCGCAGCGGAAUCGCUGCUGUUACGCGCCAGGCACGCUGCCCGACCGCCCAGCGGUGAGUGCGAGAGCGAGUCGUGUCGCGCGCGGCGGGCGGGCGCCGAGAGCGAGGCCGCCGCCCUACGCCGCGACCUGCAGCGCGCGCGGGACCGCGCCCUGCAGCUGCAGCGAGACCUCACGCAUGCCACCGAGCAGGUGCGGACACUAGAAGGCCGGCAAGCAGGCGCCAAGCCGUUCGAGAGCACGGCGUCGCGGCUGCAGCACCUCGAGCACUCGCUGUCGGCUGAGACGCGCGUCAAGCUCGACCUGCUGUCCGCGCUCGGCGAGGCCAAGCGUCGCCUGCACAUACAGGACGACUUAAUAUCGAGACAAGACAAAGAAAUAGAGGAACUUAAAGCUCAAAUGCUGGCAGUGAUGCCUACAGAGUUCGUAGCGCCGUCGAGUAACUCAGUGUCCAAGCUGCGGCUGUCGGACGGGUCGCCGCUGGACCCCAACGCGUCCGUCUACACGCCCAAGCAGCUCGCCCAGUGCUCCGACGCCUAACGGAACCUACGCGACCACGCAAGUAUUGUCUAACUUACUUCAGUAACACAAAAAAAUCAGUGAAAAUGUUCCAAGUGACUGUGACUUUCUAACUUAAACUAUAUAAAAGAGUGGCGAUAUUUUUCCGAAAAAACUGUGGCAUCCAGUGGUUUGUGAGAUUUUUCAGAAGAAUUUUCUACCAUUCUACCAUGUCACUGCUGUGAAGUGUUGCCAGAUGCAAGAUAAAUGACUGUUAAUGUUGUAAUAGGGGACACGAUUCACGAAAAUACAGUUGUUUUGAGCUGAAAUAAUUUAGACGAUACAAUGAUCUGAUGAUGGAAAUAAGGAGUAUGUAAGACCUUACGCGUUCUUCCGUAGGUUUCAUAAAACCGAGCUUUGACCCCCACCCAAGCCGUACUGGUCUUUGUAUGGGCGUUUUCUGAUCUCAAUUUGUUUUUUUUUUUGUUUUCUAAUUGAUAAUGCAAGCUGACAAGAUGUUUUCGUUAAUUUAUUGUGUUAGUUAAAUUCUUAAAAGUGUUUUUUUUUUUUGUAAGUCGAAAGUGGGCGGGGUGCUUGACUGCCAUUUUUGUUAAGAGUGAUUUUGAAAAAUUUCCUGCGUAUCAGACUGAUAAAUUACAUUGUAUUUUUUUAGUGAUUACUUUUUGGUAACAAUGUUAACUGUUUAUUUUUACUCUUGAGUUAAAAUCGGUCUUAACUUUAGUCAAGUGUGAUCGCCCGCAAAUGUCCAUACAAAUAUCGGUAAAAAAAUAAUCUGGAUAUACAUAAAAUAAAUAAAGAAAUAAACAAGUGUGUUAGUUUUGUAACAGUACGUACAUAAAGUCAAGACAGAGCGUUUAUUUUUUCAUAUAUUGAAAUAUUUGAAUUUCGCACAUUUGGUGUAACUUUCUCUUGGUCUGAAAUUACCUGGUGUUUACAAUUCUUGUGAAUUGUCACUUAACAUGACUAGACGUUCGCUUUAUUGUGCGCACAAUUACGGCCGUAUUUUAGCCUGUAAACGCGUUCAAAACGGCGAAUAUUCUUCUUUCAAACUUUGUGACUGUACGACGUUUCAUUGAACAAUAGCUCUUAGAUCAAAUGAAAUAAGACGCAUUUUCGAUAGAACGACGGUCAUUGCAUUUUCCGGCAUUUCUUCAAAAACCGAGGCCGUACAUUGAUCUCUUCAAGCAUAAUCUGUGUAGAUACGACAGUCCUCCGUGUGAUUCGCUGCUGCAGUGUAAUAAAAGCGUGUUCUUUUUGAAUUUUAUGUGAUAAAUUGUACAAAUUAAGAUCUGAGAUCGAGUCUUCUUCCUUGUAUAUUAAAUUUGUAGUUUUAUUCGACGUUUUUAGUCCAAAUUUGUCUGUAUUUACGUGUGGCGCCGCCUGGCGGUAUGUUCGGGAACUAUCGGCGUGGCGCUUACAUUUUCUUGUUGAACAUUUGAGAGCUGACGAUGGCUUGACGUUUGACAGCAUUUUGACAGAUGGAACCAUGACAGUUGUUACGUGACAUGUUCCGGUUCGAUAGUACUGCUCCGUUAUGUUCGAAUUUUGCGGAUGUUUGUGGUUGGCAUACUUAAAAUAAACGUACUUAAAUUAUUUUUGGGCUAAUCUUCCCUAACAAUAUAAAUUAAGCUUCCAAUUAUAACCCGAAAACUUAACCAUGUCCAGUAUUGAAGAAAUAGCAACAAACAUCCUUGGAAUUCCUUUUUUUAGAUCCACCACACACUGCAGACUAAACUUUCGGCCGAUAGCUGGUAAAUUUGAAGGUAAACGUGAAUCCAAACAAACUUUUCAGUCGGUCUGAUACCGGCCGUAUACCUGACCGUUGUAAUGUGCACACUAAAAUUCAUUUCUAUACUGAGUUCUGAUCCCGAUCAAACUAUCGACCGACUAAAAGUAAAGUUUACAGUGUGCGGAGGCUCCGUAAUUAAUCAUUCUAAAUAUUUUAAUACCCAACUUUACUUAUAUUUGCGCAAUUAAUUCAUUUCAGGCAUUUAAAAAAUAUCUGUGGGUCGUUCAUUUCUGUUUGUGCCUCAUUUUCUUUGUAUUUUUUUAUUUAUCAAUUGAAUUUACUUGACCACUGAACCCCAUUAUUUAGUUGCAGAUUUAAGAUUGACAAAUGUUUAAAUAUCCUAUUAGAUAACAAAAUAUGUCAGUUUGAAAGAUCCACAGACAUUUGCUUUCUAACUGGCAGAUUUUCCAAUCGGUUUUCCUGUUUCGAUAAAACAAUUGAAAGUCAUCGACCGAUGACACGUCAAUACGAGUGUAUGCUUGAAAGAUUUAUAAGCCGAGUGUAGGUAAAACCGAGGGGCAAAAUCCACUAGUAUGAAAGUGCUCUAACGGAAGCAUUUAUUUACCUAAUUGUCAAUCGAUAUCUAUGUCCAAAAUUACUAUACUUGUGUUCUAAAUAAAAUGUUUUUCCUACCAUAAAAGGUGCGGGCACCAAAGUCCAAGUAGUAUUUUUGGCAAUUGGUCGCGAUAAAUAUUUUUUUUGGAAUACUGUCUUGUAGUUUUUGCAUCGAUAUCGUACGUGCUAAUAAUUGUAUGAUUUUUGAGGGAAAUAGCUCAUUGAACUUUACAAAUGUAAUUACUAAUUAUUUUAAUAAUAUGAUGCAGUUGCCAGUCAAUAUUUUAGUGUAGUGAUAGUUUUCUUUAAAUGAGGAAACGAUUUGACGGACGACGGAUGACGGAUUUCUUCUCUUGCGACUUUUUGGCAUAUUAAUUUUAUUCUGAUUAACUCCCGAGUUCAUUUACCUUCACAUAAUAUGGAUCACUUUAAACGACGGCCUCCCAUAUUAUUUUAAAGAAUGAACCAACAAAAAGCAAGUUGCAUUUGAACUUAAGAUAGCCGCACCAUGUCUAGUUCAAUGAGAUAUUAUUCUUCAAAUGAUCAUUAAUUCACCUUAAUUCCAUCCAUAGACCGUACGAAAAAUGGCUUCCAAAUCUCUGUUGCAUUUAUAAAUAAAUAGUACAAUUAAUUUUAUAUAGAAACCGCGAAUAAAAGUACUAACUGACGGAAUUGCGAGAUAACCUAGCCUAGAUAAUGAUGGAUUCGUAUAGUGCAUAGAAUUAAUGUUGGAUAUUGUGAAAUGCGGUUAUUUUCCGACUUUUUUAAAUGUUAAAUUGAAAUGUUUGUGAGUGCCAAUUUAUUCAAUUCUAUUUAAACUCCGCCUUGUGUAUUUAUUUGAUUGGUAAAGCACUGUUUUUUUCGGGAAUUCUCACGAUGUUUCGAUUUUUUAGAGCACAUGUGACUUUCUGUAUGUACAGAAUGGAUUUUUCGAAUUUGUCGGUGUUUAUAGCGCAAAGAAUUUGUUUAGUGUCUAGUAGUUACUUCAUCGACUUUGAGGCUGUUGCUGUCCAAAAAAUACCUCUCAAAUAAAUAUGCAAGGCUCUUGGAGCGUUCACACAUUGCAGUGACGAGCGAUAUAACGCACAUUGGUUAUUACAAAAUGUAAAGUGAACAUUUCCGUAUUAUUUUUGAGAUUUUGUAUCAUUUAAAGUUCACUCUAGUCUUAAUAAAGGUCGGUUCAGCACUGUUCGGCAGACAUGUCACUAGUCAGUUGUAUUUAAUAUCCGCAGUUAGCAUACAUUUACUUGUAUCAGUAACAUGUGAUAUAUUUUGUAAGAGGUUGUCAUCACUUCAUUUAUUAAUGGACUGUCCUAUUUGUUGUGUUCAAGAGUGAGAUUACAGUACCGGAUAGUCACGGUCAUGUGUGAAGCGACCUUUAAAUUUAUUUGUAAACCUAAGUUUUAGACGUUUAGUUUUUUUUUUUAUUAACGGACUGCGCACUGCCCACGAAGUUUGACUUCCUUUCUAUAGUUUGGAACUACGUAAAAUGUUUGUGAAAAGUACUUAAUUUUAGAUUUAGACUUGAUGUGAUUAUUUUUUUGGAAUAUUAUGAAAUCUGUAUGCAGCACAGAUACCGAUGUAUAUUUUUUCAUGAAACCGGAUCAAUACGAGAGCGUUAUCGUAGGAACAAACGUACAAUGGAACGAUCUGAAUUUUCACUAGUGAAAUGUAAGUGAUAAUGUUUGUUUGUAUUAUAAACAGAUGCUGUAACAGCAAUAAAAAAUCAGACUUGCAA